AUGAACUAUUAGACUUUCAAACCUAUCAUCUUAAAUGAUACAACUAAUAAAUUACCUAUUUAAUAGAGAUCUAAUGUAAAAUCUUGUUAGAAAAAUUCUGAUUUUAAUAAUAGUAUCAAUGAGAACAAAAUAUUUGAUUAAUAAUUAGAAGUCAUUAAACAAUUAGAUGAAUAAAAAUAGAUUAUUGAGGGAUAAAAUCAAUUUAUUUAGAUCUUACGCAAUUCUAUCGAAAAUAAAUUACAAAUCGAAGGAUUUUAAUAGGUUUUAGAUUAAGUUUUGAAUAUGUCAAGAGAAUAAAAAAUUGAUUUAUUUGCUUUACUUUCAUAACUUUAUCAAGAGCUUUAUAUUUAAAAUUAAAAUAUAACUUAGAUUGAAAAUUUAUAACAAUUAGUUGAUAAUCUAAAUCAUUAAAUCAAUUGUUAAGCUAAAUAAUUAAUGGAAUUAAAAGUUGAUAAAUAAUCAUUAAUAGACUAAUUAGAUUCUUAAGCAAGUACUACUAAAGAUGAUGAUACAAUAAUAUUUAAAAAUGCAUAAAUCCAAAAAUUAGAAUCUGAUAAUCUUCAUUUGAAAUCUUAACUCUAAUAACAUGAAUAAAAAAAUGAAAAAUAUUAAUAAGAUAUGCAUCUACUUGAAAAACGAUUGAAUAAAAUUCACAUAAAUUUAAAAACAAAAGAAUACAAAAAGGAAGAAUUAAUUAAAGAAUUAGAUAGUUUAAGAUAAACAUCUUAUAGAUGUUAAUAAAAGGAUGAAAAAAAGUAAGAGUUAAAUAUAGCCCUUAAAGAUUAAGAAAUAGAUCUUUUAAAUAACAAAAUAAAAAAGUUUGAAUAAUAAAUUAAUGAAAAAAACUUAAUUUUAGAGCAAAAUUUUUAAUAAAUGGAAACAUUAAAAUUUUAACUCAAAGAUCAGGAACAAAAUUAUUCAUGUUAAUUGGAAAAUUAUUAGUUCAAAUAAAGUUAAAUGGAAGAUGAGUGCCGUUAAUUAUGUUAAUAUAAAGAAUAACUGUAAUAAGAAUUUUCAAUUUCAGAAUAAUUCAUUUAGCAAAGUAAGAAAUUUUUUAUAAUUAAAAGUAACUUUGAAAGUUAAUUAAAUGUCUAAUAGAUAAGAUUUAGAUGUUUUAAAUAAUCUUUACUAUUUAGAAGAAUUGAUAUAAAAUCUAUUUUAUGCUGAAGAAAAACUUAAAUAAUUAGAUAAUGAAAAAUCCUAAAUUAUAUUUGAUUUGCAACAUUAAGUUACAGACUCUCAAUAAAUUAAUUAAUAAUUAACAUAAGAAAUUUCUAACUAAACUAAUUAAUUAUAAUAAUAUUAGACUGAUCUAAAAUAUUUAGAAAAAUAAAAACGAAUGCUUAAAUAAGAAUUAAUUCACUUAAAAUGUUUGGAAGAAUAAAAGAGUAAAAAUAUUUAAGAAUUAUAAAUUUAAUAUUCUAAGUAUGAUAAGAAAUUAUCGAGCCAACUUGAAUUACAAAUAGAAGUAGAAAAAGAGAAUGUUUAAUUGAAAGAAUAAUUAAUAAUUUUACAGUAAUAACUUAAUAACAAUAAGAAUUAAUUAUCAAAUAAAAGUAGUAUUGCUUCUAGCUAAGUUUCAAUUAUUGACUAAAAAUCCAAAAAUUUUGAUUACAUUGCUUUAUUAAAAACUGUAAAAAAUAAUUUUUUAUUGUAGUUUGAAAUAGUUAAAACUUUAUUUUAGAUGGAAUGUUAAGAGUUAAUUUAAGAAAUGCUUAUAUUAUAAAAUAAAUUAAUUCGAACUGAAACAAUUGAUAGUGAACUGAUUCAGUAGGAAGUAAGAUUAUAACAAAAGUUAUCUAAUCAAUAAUAAAAAUUUAAAGAUAGUUAAAAGUAAAUGAAGUAAUUAAUAUCAGAAAACAAAGAUUUAAAAUAAAAGGUUUAAACAAAUAAUUAUUUUAGAUGCUUAAUAACUAAGUACAAAAUUUAAAUCAGAACUAUACUUACAGAAAUUAGUCGUUUGGUUAAGAAAAAUGUUUUGCUCGAUAUCAUAAAUAAUCAAUAUCAGUCCAUAACAAUACCAAACAGAGACCAUAAUGA